CCUUUCCAAGAUUAUCUCUGCUUCGAUAUGAUUGAGAAGGAGGCAAAUCAAGCACCGGUGAGUUGUGAAGCCAUAGAAGCCGAGAGUACCGUGCAGGAAAAAGUAUACAUAGGGGUGAGGAAGAGACCUUGGGGGAAAUUUGCAGCAGAGAUCAGAGACACGACCAGGAAUGGGACCAGAGUUUGGCUGGGAACGUUCGAGACUGCGGAGGAGGCUGCUCUAGCUUAUGACCAAGCUGCAUUCACCAUGAGAGGCCACAACGCCGUUCUUAAUUUUCCUGUGGAAAAGGUGAAGGAGUCUCUGCAACACAUCAAGUAUGGCUGUCCCAAAGGGUGUUCGCCUGCUUUGGCCCUCAAAGAGAGGCACUACAUCCAAAGAAAACUCUCGUCAAGGGCAAAGAAAGACAAAGCCAAACAGCAAUCAGAGGUGGUGGUGCUGGAGGACUUGGGUGUAGAGUAUCUGGAGCAACUUCUCAGUAUAUCUGAUCAAACUACAAGCUAG